UACCACAGUGGUGCCAAUCGACUCCUCUUGACGAGCACUAUCACGCUGUGCCAUCAGCGGUCCUAUUCUGAGACUUCGGUCGCAUAAUUAAGGAAGGUCAGAUGGUGCCGGGAGCGAGGGUUAUGGCAAGGGCAUUUGGGAUGCGUGAUAUGGCUUUGCUGCGCUUGCCUGCUUGGCACCACGUCGCGCGUGCAUGCUGCCGUAUGCUGCUCAGCUGCUGAGUGGAGCGCAGCGCGGGUUGGGAUCUAAUGAUGCUGCGCCAGCCUGGUCUCAGUGCCUGCCAUGUACGCACCCAGCGCACGUACGUGGCCGCAUGACACCCACCGCUGCUGGCAUCCGGUGAGCCUGCAUGCAGCGGCCAAGCCGCCAAGGUGCGUGCCCAGUGGCGGCGGCGGCAAGGAGGCAGGCCUGGCCCCGCCGCCCGCGCUGCGUGCCCGCUGCUGCUGGACGUAGUUGGCGUGCGUGCCCUAGCUAGACGGAGCGAGGGCAUGGCCGGGGAGCGAGGGGCGGUUCAGCAGCUAUCUAUAGCCACGGCGCAAGAGCGGCGAGUGCCCAUCGCUCGAGGUCCAUACCUAGCCAGCUAGCUAGCAGGGAAAGCAGGAGCAGGGGUUGGGAAUGGCCUUUUGGUUAGCCCCCAAACUCCGACUGAGCGAGGCUGAGAGCGGUGGGGUGUGGGUAGGUUCGGAAGUGGGGAGGGAGGGUUGCACAUGGGCAGGCACAGGGGCUAUGCGGCUGCCCCCAUGUGGCAAACGUGCUAAUCACGCUUCUAACGCGAAAGCAUAAUUAAACGGCGGCUGCGCAUACCGUACAUGCAGUUUUGGCGUGUGGGUCCCCUCCAUGUUUUGUGCUCACGAAGUUGGGGACAAGAUGAUGUAUGAUGUUGUGCGAGAUAUCGUACUGCAUGCCUUGUAUAGACUGCUGCCUGGUAGUGGUGGCUCUUUGGCGUGGGCCUGGUGGCAUGCACUUCCCGUGGAGGUAGGGUUGAUUGUGUGCGUGCUGGGCGGACAAACCUUUGGCGCACAUGGGUGCAAUGUAUGGGACAGGG